AUGGAUUUCUACGAACCGGAGAAAGAGUCCAUGGCAGACUCUACGGAGACGCUGAAGGCGAACACAAGUGACGCAGCCAAGCCUGCGCUGGAGGCUAACGUGGAGAAACUCUACGACAAUCUGGAGGCCAAGGGUAAGCGCGGCUGGAGUACAUUCAACGGUUUACUGAGCAACUUUCAGAAGAACUUGCCAGAUUACCUGGACCAGACCAAGACUCGUAUCGAGCAAACAAAACAGCAGUUGGAGCAAUUGGCGGUGGGAGAAAGCGGAGAGGGCUCCGACUCUACGGAGAAGCCAAAAAUCGUACCUAAGGAAUUGUUGAAGAACCUGUCCAAUGUCACAAAUGAGUAUCUGGAUGAACUUGAUGAUGACUUGCAGAAGAUUGAGACUUUGGGAAUUGGCUAUGCCACCAAGCUGGGUUCUUUUUUGAAGGAUGCCAUCAAGGUCCAGUUGCCUCAAGACAAUGCUUUUGAUGGGGACGAGACUCUGGAAAACUCUGAAGUGCUAUUUGGAGUUCCAGAAGAGGGAGCCUUCUCAUCACGCGCUGAAAUUCAACUUCAGGAGCUCAGAUCGUCUCAAGAGGUUUAUUUGAGAGAAUUGGAAGACCCAGAGGAUUAUGCUCAUUUCCUGGAGACGGAUAAGCCGUUUGAGCAAAACGAGAUUGAGGCCCUUUUCGCCGCGUUUACAUCUCUGAAAGCGGUGCAUGACUCGUUGGUUCCAGCCUCCAUUUCAAACGAGGACUUCUGGAGGAAAUAUCGCUACGAAAAGGACAGAAUCGUGAAGGAAGAACAGCGCAGAAAGCUUCUUUUGGAGAGGAGUAGUAAGUCUGCUCAAGAGGAGUUUGAUUGGGAUGAUGAAGAGGAGGAGGCUGCCAAGGAGAAGAAAAGUGAUGCUGGCGAACUUAAAGAGUCCACUAACGACUCAAAAUCUCAAGAGCACACUUCCAAAACCUCGCCUCGCACAUCGAGCGAACUCUCGUUGGAAAGCGCGUCCAGCUCAACGCUUGAGGUUGUAAGCUCGAAGAAGAGCAAAGAGCCCAAGCCUGCUGAGGAAGAUGAUGAAGAAGACGACUGGGAAUGA